ACCUUUCUGUCAGAUUGGAGGCUGGAGGUAUCCAUUGGAGAAACUCCAAGACAUAUCCUUGGCAGAAGGCAAAUUGCCUGGUCACCCACCAGAAGAACCAUGUCUCCCUGCCUUGCCCAGCCAGUGGAUGUUAAAGGACUGACUUGGCAGCUGCAUCUCCGCAACAGCCCAAGCAGAGGGAUCUGGAGGGGUGGCGUUGGCAAUUUCUGCAGAGUCAAGAAAAGUGUAAUAUCCUUGGACCAUCUUCAAUUGACUGAAAAUCUCUCCCUGCCAAAGAAUCAACAUGGCUGCUAAAGACAACUGUUUUAAAGUACUUUAAGACUAUACUGAGGUGAUCUAGAAGAAAUUGACCUGCAGUUUGCCCCCCCCCCAAAAAAGAAUCAAAUGACUGUCGAGACAGAAAAUACCCAGGCCUCUGUUCCAUUGAGAGGCAUCUGCCCUGCUGCCUAAGUGACUGUCCAGCGCUACGACUUCCCGUCUGCAGGCUGUGUCCUGGCACCCUCCCGGGGCUGUGCUGCAGAGGAAGAGGAACAGAAGCCAGUAGAGACGAGUUUUUACCAGGUGAGCCAGGACCGGUUCUAACCUUAGCAGCUCCCAGCCCACGUCAGAACUGUCAUCGGAAACGUGACCGCAGGCAGAGGAGGAAGGAGCCGUGCCCAAGGACAUCUGCUGAGCAGAAGAGAGCGCGUUCCACAGCAAAGCUUAAGGAAGCGCCUUGACAGGAUCACCAGGGCCCCACUUUCAGGGGGAAAAACUUCAGGCUGGCAAGGUCAGUAUGAGUGGCUCUGUUCAGAUGGUGACCCUGUGGGGGAAACAAGCCCCACCCCACAGCAUCACAGCUAUCCUCAUCACGGACGACCAGAAAACUAUCGUUACAGGGAGUCACGAAGGCCAAGUCUGUCUUUGGGACCUGUUACCAGAUCUCCAGAUUUCAUCAAAGCAGAUGCUUUUGGGGCACACAGCAUCAGUGACAUGUUUGGCAAAGGCAAGGGAUUUUGAGAAGCAACCAUACGUGGUCAGUGCUACUGAGAAUGGAGAGAUGAGCAUUUGGGACAUCACCAGUGGACUGUGUGUAGAGAAUACAAGGCUUCCAUUUCGGCACACAGCCAUCUGUUAUUACCACAGCUCAUUUCGCAUGACGGGAGAGGGCUGGCUGCUCUGUUGUGGGCAGUAUAACGACAUCCUCAUUAUUGAUGCGAUAACCCUGGUUGUUCUUCACACAUUAACCUCUUCUUCCUCUUCAGACUGGAUCAGCUGCAUGUGCUUAGUGCAUUCUCUGAGGAUUCAAGAGGAUUCUUUGCUAGCAGUAUCUGCAGCAGGAGACCUUAAAGUCUGGGAUUUGUCAUCUUCGGUCAGCAGGAUUCAGGAGAAGCAAAGCGUUUAUGAAAGAGAAUCCCAGUCUCUGGAUUGUACGCUCUGCAAUGCAAUCCGAUUUUGCACCUAUACAGAGAGGCUUCUCUUAAUUGUAUUCUCUACCUGCUGGAAGGUGUAUGAUUACUGUGACUUUUGCUUGCUGUGGACUGAAUUUAGCCCAAGCAGCCGGUCCUUGGCAGGGGGGGAAAUUCUCGCUGCUCACAGGUUGAUCAUUUGGACCGAAGACGGGCACGGCUACAUCUACCAGCUGCUGAACAGCGGUCUUUCACGGAGCAUCCAGCUGUCCAAAGGAAGGGCGCUGAAAGAAACAGUCUAUCCAGUUUUACUCUGUUCCACUGAUGUGGAAGAUAACGAGAGUUUCUCUUACAUCAUGGGCUUCAUGAACGAAAGGAAGGAACCCUUUUAUAAGAUUCUUUAUUCUGGACAAGCUUCUGGGAGAAUUACUUUAUGGCAUGUUCCUGAUGUGCCUGUUUCAACGCUAGAUGGCUCUCCAAAAGGGAUCCCAGUAGCAGCAUCCAGGACGCUGCAGGAUGACUUCAACGUCCACAGUCAGAUAGCUGAAGGUACCCCUGAUCGCCUCUGGGGAGCCACCAUCACGGUUUCGGUAUACAUUUCCAGUCUCGAGGAGUUGGUCUGUGGGUGCGAAGACGGCAGAAUCAUCACAGUGCCAGCUUUGCACGCUGCGAAGGCCAGGCUGUUGGGAGACAGUUCCUUAUGGAAAGGUGAGCAGCUGGCCGAGAACUUUGCAGAUACCUCACAAGGGGGGCAGCAGGGUGUCCCUGCCUUACCUGAUCUUUCCAAAAUAAAAUCUUCCUGGGCACUUAUGGGACACACGCCUGCAGUUUCCUUGGCAGCCAUUUCAGAGUCGUUCUUUCUGUUGUGCCUCCCUCGCCCUCGAUGCCUGCACCCUGUGUUCCCUGGAGGUCUAACUAGAUCUGACCCUCCUGGUCCUCAAGCCCAGAUCAAGCCGCUGCCAACGGCAGUAGCCAAGAUUCUUCUUUCGGACUCGUGCGUCGUCUGGUGGGACCUGUUCAGCGGGGAGGCGCUGCACCGCUUCGCGCUGGACGCGGGGCCCGUCGCCCGCCUCCUCCUCUCGCCGGACCGCUGCAGGCGGAACGGCCACCGGCUUGUGUGCUGCGUGUGCAGCGACCACUCCGUUGUGCUUCUGCACGUGCAGGACCGUGCCUGCCUUUUGCGUGCCAGGAAACACCUUUUUCCCGUGACGGUGUUACGGUGGCACCCGGUGGAGAAUCUGCUGAUCGUUGGGUGCGAGAACGACUCCAUCUACGUUUGGGACAUUGAAACAGGAAGCCUAGAGCGCCACGAAAGUGGGGAGAUGGCCAGGGCAAUCCUGGCUUCCUGUGAAGAUGCCAGUCUUACAGUGGUUGACCCUCUUUGCGCAGCCUUGGAAGAAGAUGCCCACCGAGAGAAAGGUCUGGGUGGCCAGUUGUCCAGCUCCUCUGUAUCUGGCAAUUUUUCCUGCAACAGACUCACUCAUCCAAGCAGGUCUUUCCAUCUUCAGUUAACUACUCUCUGCUGGGCUCAGGGGCCUUUUGCUAUUUGGCCACUGAAGACAACAUGGGAGAGCAUAAAUGUCAACGUGUUUCUUUUUGAUUUGGAAAAGCUGGUGGAAUUGCUCUGUUCCUCUCAGGUCAAUGGGCUGAAGUCCUCCAAUUCAUUCAACACCUUUGAUGCGUUAAAGAGAGCCAGAAGUGCGACAGAGAAGAAGACGUUGAUGUUAAAGAGAAACAGAACUUCCGGGUCGCUCUCUCCAGUGGAUGGGCAAGCCAGAGUGGCCAGUGAAGAACAAGACUUCGGGGAGAGGCGUGCGGUCGGAGCUCUGGAACAAAGGGGCGGCAUCCGAAGGCACAAGAAAGCAAAGAGCUCCAAGAAGCCUAAAGGGCAGCCCUCGGGAAAAACCAGCGUGACGGCCGCCACGGAGGCGGCCCAACUCCUUCUGUCCUGCUUUUUCCCUUGGGGUGUGAACAGAGAGUUGGACGGUCUUUGUGUUCAGCAUUUAGGUAUUUUGAGACUUUUCUCUCCAGUCUCCUUUGGACUACUGUCGAAAGACAGUUAUCUCACUCUGAUGUUACCAAGAUGGAGCAGUGCUAAUCCUGAAAGGGUGGAAAAGCAGCAGGAGGUGGUCAACCUAUUUUCUGGCAAAGUGCUGCAUUUAUAUCGUAAAUACUAUAGUGUAACCCAAGAGCAAGCAGGCAAGAAGAAUGGAUGCAGAAACGCUGCUGCUUCUGCAGAGCAAAGGCUAACUCUGGCUCAUUUGUUGAGCAGGAUGUCUUUAGUUCAAAGGAUAAUCAACAGGUCUUCAGAAAAGGCCAGCCCUGUAAAACUCGAGUCAGUGCGCAACAAAUGGAGACCCGUAGCAUCUCUGGAGUUGGCUGAUUUUAACCCAGCGUCUUCUCAGU